AUGAAGUUUGGCAGCCACACCACUGGCACCAGUCCGACGGCCUCUGCACCAACCACAUCCCCGCCCCCGGCGACCACACACACCAAGUCUCGGGCCGUGCCGGCCAAUUCUCGCGCCGCCGCACUUGCCACCCAAAGCGGCGACACGUCGACGACAGUCUCGUGGCCAGUAUCAUACCGCAACACUCUCCCGGGGCAAGAGGACGAUAUCCGACAAGAACUACGUCGGCCAAAAGCAAUUGGGGGGGCAUUUGAGCUGGCUGUCGACAACGAGCUCCUGUCCCAGUGCCCGUUCGAGGGCUGCGGCAAAGCCAAUCUCUCGGACGCCACUGCGUUGGCCGUCCACCUGUACACACAUCGUUCGGCAACAAUCUGCAAGAUCCGCUUGGACAACGGAUUACUGUGCGGUGUGCCUCUGCAUGACGAGAACGGCUCGAAGCACUUUGAGACGGUUCAUGGCAUGGUCGCUGUCCGCACUGUCUCCAGUCUCCCGUCAUCAACGUUGUACUGCAAAGCCUACUCGGUUUGGGCGGUUAGUCAAGCAGCCAUCAACGAGCACUCGGCUCAGGACCUCGCGGCCAUUCUCGCUGCGCUGACGGCCGACGCGCGCGCCAUCGCCUUUGACGCCGUUGACAAGUCGCUAUCGUCCAUGAACGUGUGCAGGUAUUGCCUCCAAGAUGCCUCAAUUCCUGCUCAUGACCGUGUGAACAUGUUCACAACGUCAACCGCUUGGGCCGUUCACAUGAACAAACACGUACUCAAGCUCCACAUGGAGGACCCGGACGCCCGCCACCCUUGCCCAUUCCCCACGUGCCCUGUUCCCGCCACGCUGUUAUGUGCUACCGACCUGCCGGACCACAUUAUCUCGAGGCAUGGCAUCACCCUCGUCUACCGUCAGCGCGUUCGCCACCGGAGUCUGGAGGAAAAGCUCGACGGCCUGUACCUCCGCCAGCUCAAAGCCGUCGCCAAGGCCCUUCACAUCAAGACCAAGACUGGCACGACCGCGCACCUCAAGGCGGAUGUCGUGGCCGACAUUCUCAAGGGAGCUGGACCGACAGCGAUCGAGGUCGAGCUCCGCAAGCUGCCGUUGACUGCCGCCUCUACGCCCGUGUCCGCCCACAAGGCUGCCAUUCUCGGCCGAGUGCCCGCGCUACACAGCAAAGCUCACUUUCUUCUCAAGACCAAGGAGGAGCUCACUGAGCUGUGCGCGACUCUGCGCAUCUCGUGCUACAACGACGUGGCGGACAAGCACGGCAACCAAGGGUUCCUCGCGCAGCGCCUCGCGGCCCACUACGCCGGAAAAGUGCAGCCCAAGGGUCGCGUCAGCCGCAAGCGCAGGGCGGCCGAGGAAGCCGCCCAGGCCGACACCGACACCGAGACGGAGACCCACGCUGUCGAGGCCGAGUCCGCCAGCUCUCGCAAGCGUGUUGCCGCCGGCGAUCAAAGCUCCAGAACUUACGACACACCACCGCCCCCCCUCAACCAGCGAACCUUCCGCAAGUCGAGACUUGGACACAAGCCACUCGAUCCGUUUGUCCAGCACGGCGAGUGGGCAGCCUCAUCGUCUCUCGCGGGCCCAGGACCCUCGACUACUGCAGCGGCGGCCAUGCGUGACGACGAGGAUAUCCACGAGUUCACAAACGACAUCCCUGAGUGGGACAGCGAGCCCGUCCCCGACUUGUGA